UGCAAAGUGUCGUGCGCGGGACAAGACUGGGUUUAAGCCCACGGCACUCCUCCUCUCUCUGUCCAAGAGAAGACCCCCAAACCUCUCCUUGCCUGUGAGGCGCUCACACUCAUCCCAACCAAUAAUGUGAAAACCAGGGCUCGUCAGAUGUUCAUACUAAAAGCGUCGUCUACUCACUCUCGCACGUCUAUUUUCAACACCGUCAACCCCAGUUUACAGUCGGGGCUCCAGUCAGGGAUAAACCUGGUGUGAGAUGCGGCAAUGUCCCGAGGAGUGAGCCCACGCGUAAACUCUCGCAGCUCCGUGCGGAUGGUGACAUUGGUCGUGCUCGCGGUGAGCGUGAUCGCCGCGGACGCGUACAGCUGUCAUGAGGUGAAGACGGUGUUCCAGCUGCGGCAGGUCGGACCGCUCCACCGCGUCCCGGAGACACCUGUCACAGAUGUUGAUCUGCUGGUUUGUAAGCACGGAGGUCCAUCCUGCUGCACCCGAAAGAUGGAGGAGAGCUACCAGACUGCUGUAAAACGAGAAACUCUUCACAACAUUCACUCUUACAGCUAUGAGCUUGAGCAUCUUAUCUCCGGCCAUGCAGAUGCCUUCCAGGACAUGUUUCAGUACCUGCUUUCCUUCUCUCAAGGCCACCUGAGUUCUCUGCUCGAGGGAACCUACUCAUCCCUCUCCCGCCAUGCCCUGCCCCAUGUGAAUCAACUCUUCUCCUCUCUUUCCCUCUACCUGCGUGGUGCCAACGUCUCUGUUGAGGCAACAGUCCACCAGUUUUUUAACAACAUCUUCCCACUUGUCUAUACAAGGCUUAUCAAUCCAGGAACUGAUGGAAGUGCGACAGCAGACAGCAACAUAGGUGACUGUUUGCGUAUGACCAGGCAGGAUGUCAACCCUUUUGGGCAUCAUCCAGCUGUCAUGGCCCAGGAGCUGGCUGGAGCUUUGGGGGUCGGCCGACAACUGGGUCUGGCCUUGGAGGAAGGUCUGGAGGUGAUGAAUGCCACGGAACAUCCCGGCCUCAGCAAGGAGUGUGUGAAGAGCCUUGUGAAGAUGGUGUUCUGCUCCCACUGUAGAGGCUUGACGUUGAUCAAGCCUUGUGGGGGCUACUGUCUGAAUGUCAUGCGAGGCUGCUUGGCCAGUGUGUCAGAGCUGGAUCAGCCUUGGAGGCGAUAUACCAACUUGUUGGAACAACUAACUCUUGCCGUCGCUGGGCACCACAGCCUGGAGUUGUCUUUGCUGGGGGUCAGGGUGCACGUAGAGGAAGCAUUGUUCUAUGCACAGGUCCAUGGAUCACUCAUUACUGCCAUGGUGGACAAGGUGUGUGGCCUGUCUACAGAGGAACCUACAGGCAUGCAGCCUCCUGCCAACCCAGAGGUCACAACCUCUGCCAUGACCUCAUCUCCUCCUCUUCCAUCCGCCGCUCCCUCCCAGGCUUCACCAGAGAAGUGGCUGAAACAGAUAGCCCAUUUAAAGAGCUCAUUCCCCCUGAAACCCUCCAAGAACAAUAAACGUAGUCUGAAAAUACUCUCUAGGGAGUUUUUCCUGCACCUGCAGCGUUAUAAGUCCUUCUUUGCAGCAUUGCCAGAGAUGCUUUGUGAAGGAGAGAACGUAGCGGAAGACUCCACCUGCUGGAGUGGAGACGACCUCGUGGAAAGUUAUACAGGCAGAGUCGUUGGAAAUGGUCUGCAUGCUCAGAGGCAAAACCCGGAGGUCAAGGUUCGCGGCGUGGACCCCACCAUGGCUGAGGUCAAAGGGAGGUUGGAGCGUUUCAUCCAGGAGACCCAGGAGAGGUUUCCACAGCUGGGCCAAAUGGAUGGCUGGGAAGAAUUUGGCAGCGGGGAAGAGGAGGGAAGCACAGAGUGUGAUGAUGAAGAUGGUUGUCAAAGCUCCGGAGACGGUCAAGAAAAGACCUUACAUAAAGAUGUCACCACCGAAUCCAAGUCAAAUGGGAGACAACCUGGAGGUGACACCAAGCAAGAAGCCCCCCAAAAGCCCCCCUCAGUGAGGGUCAUAGGGGGCUCGCCACCUUCCUGCUGGCUACAACCUUGCAGCCUUGUACUGCUUUUCGCUGGACUGUGCUUGCAGUGGAUGCUGUUCUGAUGACAGAGCUGUCUGUGAAUCAACCCUUCAGGAACCAACAUGCACACAGGCACUCGUAUCAUAAACAUCUUGCAAUUAUAUUCUUUAGUCCUGCCCUCAGCCUACAUAGACGGAUGGUGAUGAAGGGGGGAAAAAAGCAGAAAUAUAGAGUAGGUCUGCUUGUGGACAGCAUAGUAGGAGCCUGCUGAAAAGUUGGCUAAUGCUGGAACAUCUUCUCCUGCAGGAUGAUCAUUGUGGUUGUUUGCACAAGCUGAAUGCAUGCAUGCUCAUCUAUAAGGAAUAGAGUUGAUGUUUCAAAUACACUAUUUGGGGCUAGAUGUGUGCUGGAGCCUCACAGCUCCUUGUUUUACUGACACAGACACAAACGUUGUGAUUCAGAAUGGGGCUGCAUCGUUCUUAAGAGCAUUUACAAAUGUACACAAUCACUUACAAACAUGCGACAUACAACAACGCAGCUGUCUUCCUCUUCUAAUGUUGAUUCUUAAGUAUCUUUCAAGCUACACACCUCAAGCCGGCACUGCAGCAUUUACCAGCCAGAUGGAAGGAAUUCAGCUCAUUUAAAGAUUCAACUCAUUUCUUUUUGGGGAUUAAGAAAUGCAUGACAGACUGAUACAUCAGUCCCAGGUGUCUGGCCCAGAACAGCAGAUUUGAUAUGCUCUAAUGGCUGUGUAACUUUGGAGGGAUUAGAAUGUAAUGAGUUCACAGGUACAGCACAGGCUCAAUUGCACGGCUGAAAAUACUGUGGAGGUAAUCUAGGUGCGUAUACUGUAGUAAGCAACUGUAUAUAGGUGGAAAGAUUUGAAGGAAUGUAUGAGGUUUGAACUAAUAGAAAAAGCUCUUGAGCUGAAUGCGUUGUCCGUAUCUUUCUCUUUCAUUUGGCGAUGAAUGAGCUAUGCUUGUCAACUCUGAACUACAUAUGCAAAAAAAUAGUGUACAGUUUAAAUGUAUGUCAAAAAAUAAAGCAAGAAUAUGCAAUAUUUUCCAGAUCAAGCCAUGACAUGAAUGGACAGUUGUGGACAUUUGAACAAAGUCUGUACAUUGUUGCUUUUAGAGUUCCUUGUGCAGCCUUUUAUGUGUGUUUGCUAGUUGGAUUGCGCAUUAUUGCACAUAUAACCUCCAGUUACCACAAUUGUUCUUACAGAAUUAAGCUCCCACUCUGAGAGGAUUAAUUAUACCUAAGUGGAUAUUUGUUAAAUCCACAAUUCUAUCCAUGAUUUUCCAGCAGCGAAAUUACUUUUUUCUUCUCUCUCUCUCCUCUCUCUCUCUCUCUCUCUCUCUCUCUCUCUCUCUCUCUCUCUCUCUCUCUCUCUCUCUCUCUCUCUCUCUCUCUCUCUCUCUCUCUCUCUCUCUCUCUAAUUGAACAGCUUAAAAUCUGAAAGAAAGUAGAAUGAUAACAGACUGGAAUAUAAUGUAACAGCGGGCCAUUUAAAUUUUUUUAUGAUCCAUUGUAUUGGUCGCCAGUUUGAAGUUCCUUUCUUGUAUUUUAUUUUCAAUCCCUGAAGCCUGCAGAACAUUUAUUGAUAUUCCAGGAGUUAAAAAUGUCCUUUUAAUUAUUCUUCAUGGCCUCAGAGCAAAGGGGAGCUCAAUAAGAAAAUAAUUAUCUUCUACCAUGGCGCCCUUUGUAUACCUGUCUUUCUGCAAAAGUCAGUGUUGUAUUGGCUUUUACUUGCACUGUCUGAAUAUGGAUGAUUAAUGAAUUAUCAAUGGUACAUGGAUGCACAUGCAAGCCCCGCAAAUUCACAAAAAAUAGUGUUAAAAUAGUUAUGAAUAAUGAAGGUUUUGAUAGCUGAAUGUGCAACAUUUUGUGUUCUAGUUGUUUUCUCCUUAAACAUUUUGCUCUAGACCAGUUUUUACUGCACCCUCCUUUUCUCUCCUGUUCCCCCGCAUGUGUAUAAAUGUACAUAUUUGACAUAAUUUGCUACUUGGUUUGUGUCAUUUUGUCUCUUUUGUAUCGGUAUGAUACAGUGUAGCUGAGCUCAAUUAAAAGUGCUCUGCUCUUUU